GAGAGAGAAAGAUAUCAUCAUCAAGUAUAUAUCCUGGAGUAAAAUAAAAAUAGUUGACGUACGCAUUGCAUAUUCAGUGAAAAGAAUUCCGAAAUAUUUUGAAAAACCACGGCCGCAUACAAAAAGCCACUCCCCUUCACAAAAAUAUUCCUAUACGCACGAACAUUUUCCGAUUAGGGCGAGAAGCAUUUAUGAUUCGAAGGGGCGAAAUUCUAAACGGAGCUACUCAAAACUUCAGCAAAACAAUAAAUGUUAUGGCACUACGUCGUGUUUGAAAGAGGAUGCGUUUGGUUCGCUGGAAUCUCUUUUCGAUCUAAAAAAAUCUUUGGAUUUGCGCGAUGUGUAUCCAUUAGCGUCCAAUAUCUGUAAAGAAAAAUUAUUCAAAGUUUCUAAUACCACAAAAUCAGAACCUCUUAUAGAAACGCUAUUUUUGCAAUCUUUCUCGCAACAGACAAAUCCUGACUCUUAUAUUUUCAAACCGUAUAAAGAAUAUGAGACAACAAAAGAAGAGAAUGUAAAAAAUCAGAUAAAAGCAAGUGAAAAAUUUCAGACAAAAAUAUCGAAAUCUGUGCGGAAAUUACAGCAAAACGAUUUAAUUUACAACCAACAAAAUAAUUCAAUAAAUAUGGCCGAAAAUGAAAUAGUAGACAACGAAAUAUCAGAAGAGCAAUUUGAAAAGGAAAAGGAAUCAGUAGCUAUCGCAGACGAAGCACCUAUUACAACAACAGAUCUUACCAAAGAUAAAAAUGAAAAUAAAAAUGAAGAUAAAAAUGAAGAUAUAAAUAAAGAUAUAAAUGAAGAUAAAAAUGAAGAUAAAAAUGAAGAUAUAAAUGAAGAUAAAAAUGGAGAUAAAAAUGAAGAUAAAAAUGAAGAUAAAAAUAAAGACGAAAGUGAAGACAAAGACAAAGGCAGAGUUGAAGAAGAUAAGACUGAUAACAAAGACGAAGAUGAAGAUAAAAUUAAUGAGAAGAUUGAAGAUAAUCAGAUACCAAUAAUCAGCUCGCCUUUUUUAACUGAUGAUAUAAUUACAGAACUAAAAGAAAUGGAUGAGAGAUGUAUUAUAUUAGCAAAGGAGAUCCAAAAUUUAAAACUUGAAGUUCUCGAGUUAUCAAAUAAACCCGAACUAACAGAGGAAGAUACAUUAAUAAUUCAAGAGAAGCAAGAUAUCCUCAUGUCAAAAGUAGCUGAACUCGAACAGCUGACACAAAAACUUGAAAAAGCGCGAGAAAAAGUAGAACAAAUUGAGGAUUCAAGCGGCGAAAUAGAAAAAGUUAUAGAGGAAGUUAAGAAAGAUAAAAUAGACAUAGAACCGCUAAAAAAAAUUCCGGAGGAAGAUCGCUUUGAAUUACCGCAAAUAGAAUAUCCCGAAGAUAAGCUGCCAAGAGUAAUUGUUUGCGGCUAUACGGAAGAUGUGCUUCCAAAAAUUGUCAUAGCAGAUGGCGAGCGAAAAGGGAGAGAAAAGUGUUUUGAAAAAUUAACUGGAAAACUAACAGAAUCUUUAACAAUGCAAGAAAAGUUGGUUAAGGAAAAUGCACAACUGGAAGGUGGAAAGUACAAGCUAGAAGAAGCCUUGCUGGAAAAAGAUACAGCCCUCGAGUGUUUACAGAGGAAGGUAUGCGCUCUGCAAGCAGAAAUGCGUAUAAUUGUCAAAGAGAAUACGGAGUUGAGCCGUCAGUUGGCCACUUUGAAUCAGUUAGUGAUUAGACCUACCUGCUGUUACACCUGCCCAGGUGUUGCUUCGUCUCCUCCAUCGACGCCGUUGUCGUUACCACCCCGUCCGCAUGUCAGUACGCAACCUCGGGACGACAUUUACUGCCGAUGCAAAUAUUGCCUUCAGUUCAUUGAUACUCUAUCACCGACUACGGAAACCGCAUGCAAUUCACCAAGGCUUACAGGAGGUGGCUCGAGAACGGAGGAUCGUUAUUUCGUAGAUAACAACCCCUUGCAAAACGUGGAGAUGUGUUCUCGCGGUCCGGCUAUUGUUAGACCAUCGUUUCCUCGGGGAAUGUGCCCUGCAGAAUUGGAAGAUAAACUCGCUACUUACGGUUCUAGCACUAAACAACUGGAACAACAGUUAGGCAGUAUGGAGACUGAGGUACGCAAUAUGCAAAUGGAAUUAGCGAACGUGCAACGGGAGCGGCAACAACUGGAACAACAACGAAAAUUGCUCAAAUGCACUGGACCUUGUGCACCAUGCGCUUGUUGUCCACUUCCACCCUCGACGUGUGUGACACCCACACCAGGACUUCCAUUAAAAGGAUCUGCUGUGCCUCCCGCUCAGAUACCUACGACUGCAAUUGAUUCCGGUACAAACGCCGCCAUGGGCACUCAACAAUUACGCGAUCUUCGCGAACAAUACGCUCGACUUCAGGAUGAUUAUAAGAACAAAUUAUGCGAGGUAUCAUGUAUGAGAACAGAAGCAGAGAAGUUCAAACAGGAUACGCGCGAUGCAAAGGAGGAGAAAGAACGAAUGGAGAUAAAACUGAUAGAUGCCCAAGAACGACUGAAGCUUCUAGAAACAGAAAAAGGAAAAUUUGAGGGUCAAAAGGAACAACUUAUCGAACAGGAACAGGCUUUAAUGGUGGCGAAACAACGCUUUCGUGAAGCGCAGGAUGAGUUAGAGGAACUUCGUUCUUUGAUUCAAGAUCAAGCUGCUCAACUGGAGGAUUAUCGCAAUAAAUAUUUGCAAGCCCAGCAACAAGUUGAAGAACAGCGUCGACAACUAGAUCUUAUGGAAAUGGAUAAUGCGCGAAUGAAUGAAAAUGUUACUUUGGAAAUUGGACGGGUUAAAAAUCAAUUUCAAGAAAAAUUAGCCGAACUUGCACCAUUACCCGAUAUCUUGAAACAAAUGCAAAUAAAGAUGCAGGAAGCGCAACAGAUGCGCUUAGGCGCCGAACGCAAUUGCGAGGAUUUGUCGCGGGAAUUGCUAGGAUGCAAGGAUAAGAUUCAAACUUUGCAAAAUCAGUUGGACGCGUUGCGCACUGAGCAUCAGGCACUUCAGGAUGAAAGAGAACAAGAAUCCGCUAAAUUCGAAGAAGUGGAAAAAAAGUGUAGCGAAUUGCGACAUGAAAAUGAGAGAAUAAAAAACACAUUGGCGCGAUUUGAGGAACACGAAGCACAGUUACAAAAACGCAUCGACGAGAAAAUGCAUGAGAACACGCAAUUAUCGUCAAUGUUGGAGCAGAUAAGAGAGGAUUCUGCUCGGCAAGUAGCGAGAACGAAGGAGCGAUGCGAAACUAUGCGAAGAUCGAUGCAAGGUCAGAUCGCUGAAAUGGAAAGACAAUUAGCACAAUGUAGAGCAACGGCGCGCGCUGCUCAACGUGAUAGAGAUGAGAUCAGACAAAAGAUGCAGAGUCAAAUAAAUAAUUUGAACGAGGCGUUUAAACACGCGCAAGGCCGCAUAAAAUCCUUACAAGGUCACGUAAAUUACCUCAAGACUUCUUACAGUAAUAUUUUUCUCGGCCAAGGAGAAACACCGACAAGUGCUUUGCCAGGAGACGAUUCCUGUGAUUGCAACUAUUAAACGUGUAUACACAUAUAACUUUUGAAUAAUAAUUAUAUAUUUUUGUUUAACAUAACGAAAUUAAAGUAUGCUAUUUGCUCAUAGCAUACAAAUCUUGUGCAAAUAUAUUCUAAAUAAUGACAUUCUAAUAAACAAUUGACAAGAUUGAUUGAUAAUUGUUAUACCAUCAUCAUUUUUAUAAAUAUAUAUGUAAAUUAUGAACGGUAUAUAAAAUAUAAAAAGUAAAGUCAAGAUCUAUGUAUAUUCACUAUAUAGUAAUUGUCGAUUUAAUUACUUCAAUGUGCAUUUAUUUUACAGAUUAAUUUUUGGAUAUAGAAAAUACUAUAUAAAUGGAUAUAACGAAGCAUUAAGUCAUUAAAAACUUUAACGAAAAUUGGCAUGCAUUAUUGUUAGAGAUGUACAUAUUGAAUGUACAUAUUGAAUGAACGUUCCUUUUUCAUUACAUAUGUAUUUUUAUUUAACAAACUUUGACUAUAUUUAUAAGCAUUGGAGUAGAAGAACGUGGCAUGUGAGUACUGUAAUAAUUGAUUAAAGAAAAAAAGCUGAAAAAAACU